GGAAACCGGUUUUUCGCCUUUUUAGACUUCCAUGAAUCUGGUAUCUAUCUAGGAUAACUAGAUCUUCGUUGCGCAGAUCGCAGAAGUAAAUUCACACACUGAAAAAUACUGUUAGUCUGGCGAAGGAAAGCUACUUGAGUUACGUAACUAGCACAGGUUACAUAAAUUGAGCCCGAGAAACCAUCAAGACGAAACGGUUGCUGGUACAACAACUUAUGGUCAAAGCAAAAAAUAUGCCGAAACGGGAAUUAAAACAACACACUGCUGACACAGAGGGAAAAAAACCUAAAAAGGCAAAAGUUCAGGUGAACAAACCAAAGAACUACGCAAAGCUUAUUGAUGAUGCAACAAAUUUUGAGACAACUGAUCUCAAAUUUACUGAAGAAAUUCCAUCUAAAAACAAAAAUGGUCAGUUAGAGUUCCCAGAUUGGCCGGAAUUCCGACCUAACUUGACUCCAAAAGAAGUUUUACAGGCUGGGAGUUUUGGAGGAACAUACUUCCGCUCGAUCAGAUCAGGCGCAACAGGUAAAAGCUACUCGGGUACAGAAGUCUACAAAGAACUACCUUGUGAUUGGUUUGAGGGACUGAACAUUGCCAAGCAGGUGACUAGUGCUUCAUACCGCACAGAGGUCAACACCUAUAAGGUCAAAUGUGGAGGAAGUCUUGACAUGUGGGAAGAGAGUGGAUGGAUACACAAACAAGAUCCCUAUGGCUGGUUCCAGUGGUAUUGUAGGUUUUACCAAGGCAGACGGACAUCUGACGAUGAACGACAGGUUGGGCGCUGGCUACGGUGUGCCGGUGUUACUGGGAGGUGGAGAAACAAUCUAAUCUCAAAGUGUGUUAAGACGGGAUGUGGCUACGACAACAAGGCGGUCUCACCAGUCGUUAGACAGACGCUCCAGCACUGGGCCUACAAACUCAACAGUGAUGAUUUUAAUGCAUAUGUCAAGAAAAAGGGAAUUAAAUAG